GUUAUCGAUUUUUUUGUGUCAUUCUAGUUGAAUAACAAAAAGUUGCAUAAAAGCUUGGAAUAUGGGGUCAUUUGUGUUUAUAUACCAAAGAAAAGUAUUAUGUACUGGCCUUUACGGUUUAAAUCGUUGGAACAAAGCACAGGCCCGUUUUUUUACAACGGAGUUUAAUGAGAGUGAAUCUCAAGACAUUUCACGUGUGCCUAAUCAGAAUAAGUCUAGGCUUUUAAAUCAAAAUAGAAACGUGCUCCUGAAACAAGUGCCGUAUAGUGAGCCACAUUCAUGGAUACACAAUACUGAGAAAUAUCAAAGGAAAAUCUUUGGUCGAUAUGGCUUAGCAUCUGGUAUUGACCCCAGGAUAUGUUUCGAGGUGAAGGAACGAUCUGACGAUAUCCAUAAUGCUAGUGAGCAAUAUUCUUUACAACAAUUGCUUUCAAUGCAGAAAGCCAAAACUAUUGCUCAACAAGAAGCUGUUGAAAGAAGAGAAUCAGCAAUUGCAGCGAAGUUAGAGAAAUUAGAGCAAUGGAAACUCGAAAUGAGAAACAAAGUAGCCAAGAAAGAGGCUGAUGCAUUGGCCGCAAAGCAAAAUAAACAAAGAAUGAUAGAAGAAGUUCGAAGACAUUUUGGUUUUAAAGUUGACCCACGUGACGAAAGAUUCAAAGAAAUGUUGGAACAAAAAGAACGAGAAGAGAAAAAGAGACAGAAAGAAGCCAAGAAAAAAGCUAAGGAAGAUAAAAUGAUGGCAAGAAUUGUUGGAAGCACUUCCACCAAUGCUCACAGUUAGUGGAGGUAAACUUUUCUUCGGCCAUUGACGGCCGCUGUAGCUGAGUAGUAAGCAAUGCGUACUGCUAUUCGGAAGGAUCUGGUUUGAAUCCCGGUGUCGUUCUAACAUCCAAAAAUUUUAUAGAAAGU